AUGCCACACGACAAAAACUGCGAGAUUUCGCUUUAUAGGCAAUCUGCAGCAUUGGUUUAUCAAGAAAAACGAAUCCCAGUUGGUAUUUUGGCACUUCUUGAAAGACUACUUAAUUCCACUAGCAUGAAAAUGUUGACUGAAUUGGAAAUCGAUGGUUAUCGAACGUAUUUUUUGGGUGAAUGGAUUCAAAUACUCGCUUCCCGUCUACCAUCCCUUUGGUCUCUUGCCUUGCCUUAUUGUCGAUUGAGCAAUCAUGAUUUUUUGGUAUUAUGCAACACUGAGAAAGAUGAAAUUUAUAAAAUGCAAAUUCUCACUUGGACCCUUUUAAAUGAACUGGAAUGGCUAAAUGAGUCAACUGUGGAUGUGAUUGCCUGUCGAGCGAUCAAGAUGUUAAUGAUUGUGGAUACUGAUAAAGUGUUAUUCAAAAAGCUAGUGGCUAAUUUGGCAAAAGCCAUGAAUCCGUCAAGUGAAAAAGUGAAAGAACAAUUACCGAAAAAUGAGCAAGUCGUCAAUAAGCUCAAAAGCUAUUUGAAUGCCAAGCACGAGACAGAAGAAGAAAUCGAGUGUACUUAUUUGAUUACCAACCAUUUUUCACCAUUUCUACCGUUGCAUGGUGUCCCGGGAUGGACACGAGCUUGUAUAAAUGGUAUUCUGAAUGUGAUGGAGUACCGAAAUCGGAUAGGACUCCCGACGGAUGUCGCUUUGGCGCAACUUGCAUUGCUAACAAAAAAAUAA